AUGGACGGACAAGGCCAUCCGCCGACUCCCGCCCCGACGUCCGACACCGCAUGGAUGUACUGUGCGGUUGACGAGCUCCUACAGGCACUCCAAGGCGCCGGGCCAAGCCCGCCGCGUCCCAGCGACAGCCUCGCCGGCCCCCUUCCGACCACGGGCCCUACCCGUCGACGCCACCAUCGACGCCGACAACGGGGAGGGACGACCGCCGGCAACCACGCCGGGCCCCGUCGGCCCUCUACAGGGGGAUGCCACCCCUGGUACCCCCUGUUCGCCGGCCUCAUCGGGCCACGUCGGGCCCCUCUGGAAGUCGUCCUCCGUGACGAUGACGAGGAGGAGGCCCACCAAAGCGACGACGCUGGACUCCAGCCAGCACCCUUAAGGGGCAUGCCACCCCAGGCACCCCUGCGCGCCGGCCACAUAGGGCCGCAAGCACCCUCUCCGGAAGUUGCCUUACGCGACGGCAAUGACGAGGAGGAGAACCCCGCAACCGACGCCGAAGACGCCUGGAACCGGGCCGUCUCCCUGUCGGACGAUUGGGUCAACUUCGACCGCCUGGUAGAGGACACCCUGGGCGACCUCGUCGACAGUCCACCGCACGCGGAGCCGCCGGCAACAGGCUCUCUCGGCCCUCUAGGCGCGAGAUACGACCCUGUCUCCGAUGACGAAGGCAACGACGACAGCACCCCCCGGCAUUACGAUCCAACCGCCGAUGGUGACGACGACAGCGAUGCGACGGUGAUCUACGACCCCACCGCGGAGGACAGCCAUACCAGUGGACGUGUUCGACUGGGAAGCGGCACCAACACCGCGUCAACCAUCUCGGCCGACGAGGACGAGGCCAGCCGGGAUGGCCGCCAGUCAGACGCCUCGCGACCACCUUCCACCGGACCCGCCGAUGACGCAUCGGCAUCGACAAUCUCGGCCGACGAGGACGAGACUAGCCAGGACAGUGGUUGGUCCAACGCCCCGCGAUCGCCGCCCCCACGCUGGACUCCACCCAGCACCACGCCGCUACAAAGCUGGGCCCCAGCCACUACCGGUCGCAGCCGAUCCCCUCCGCCCUCCUACGAGGAAAUAUUUGGCCUGGGACCAUACCCUGGUCCUCACGCUACCGCCCGAUGCGCCGCGGUGACCGCCAGUCGCGAUCCUCGACCCCGCCUGCCCACCAUUGCGGAGCUGGCCGCAGAAGAGGCGCGCCGAAGAGCGGAGGACCUCAGCGAGGAGCUCGGCAACCCACCGGUUGCCCAACCGCCGACGAAUGGCCCACCACCAUCACCGACCCCACGCCGCCGAGCACGGCGCAGGAGCGCACCAUGGGCAGACAGCCCACCCAGCUCGUCCGACGAGUCAUCAUUGGACGCCGACGAGGGAGCCCUCGACCCUCCCCGCUGGGUACCGGCCCCAGUGGAGUGGACCACGCCCAACGGCACAUUGCCAGCCGCCUUGCUCCGCCGGAUUCACGGGCGCCUGGCGACGCCAAGACGACGGACCAUCCGGAUUCUGGAGGAGGAGGCGAAUCAACGCUUCCGCGUCCAGAUCAACCGCAGCGGGAAGGUGAUCAUCACUCUCCACCCCUCCCGAAGAUAG